AUGUAUUUAUAUAAUUUAACAUUGCAAAGACCAACAGCAGUAUAUCAAUCGAUUUGUGGUAAUUUUUCAGGUACUAAACAAAUUGAAAUUGUAUUAAAUCAUGGAAGAUCAUUAGAAAUGAUUAGAUAUGAUGAGGAUGGUAAAAUGUCAUCGGUACUCUAUUCAGAAGUUUUUGGUGUUAUACGUUCCAUUAUACCGUUUCGUUUAACAAGUGGUUCAAAAGAUUAUAUUGUUGUUGGCUCUGAUUCUGGACGUGUUGUUAUUUUAGAAUAUAAUUCAACUAAAAAUCAAUUUGAUAAAGUUCACCAAGAAACAUUUGGUCGUUCAGGUUGUCGUAGAAUUGUACCAGGUCAAUAUUUAGCAGUUGAUCCAAAAGGUAGAGCCUUUAUGAUUGGUGCUAUUGAAAAACAAAAAUUAGUUUAUAUUUUAAAUAGAGAUUCAUCAGCCAAAUUAACAAUUUCGUCUCCAUUGGAAGCACAUAAAUCAAGUACAAUUAUAUUUUCAAUGUGUGGUGUUGAUGUAGGCUUUGAAAAUCCAAUAUUUGCAACUAUUUCAGUAGAUUAUUCAGAUGAUAGUGGUGGUAAUAUUGAAGAGGAUUUAGAAGAUAAUGGCAAAAAGAAGGUUUUAACAUUUUAUGAAUUGGAUCUAGGUUUAAAUAAUGUUGUAAGAAAGUGGAGUGAUCAAAUUGAUGACACUGCAAAUAUUGUAAUGACAGUACCAGGAAGUAAUGAAGGUCCAGGUGGUGUUUUAGUCACAUCAGAAGAUUAUAUUGUCUAUAGAAAUCAAGAUCAUCCAGAAAUUAGAGCUAAAAUCCCAAGACGUUAUAAUAGUAAUCCAGAUAAAGGUCUUUUAAUUGUAUCUUAUUCAUCACACAAGCAAAAAAAUAUGUUUUUCUUUUUGGUUCAAAGUGAAUUUGGUGACCUCUACAAGAUCACAUUAGACUUUAAAGGAGAGAUGGUUACCGCUGUUAAUAUUAGUUAUUUCGAUACAAUUCCAUUAGCAAAUAGUUUAACUGUAUUAAAGAAUGGUUUCUUGUUUGCUGCAUCAGAAUUUGGUGAUCAUUCAUUAUAUUUCUUUAAAUCAUUAGGUGACGAUACCGAAGAAGGCAACAAUGAAGGUACCAUUACAAUGGAAGAAAAAGAUGGUUUCAUUUGGUUCAAACAAAGAGAAGAGUUAAAGAAUUUGGUACAAACAUCAACCUUAUCAUCAUUAUCACCAAUUGUAGAUUUCAAAGUUUUAGAUAUUGUUCGUGAAGAGAAUCCCCAACUUUAUUCACUUUGUGGUACAAGUAAAGAUUCAUCAUUAAAAGUUUUAAGACACGGUCUAUCAGUUUCAACUAUUACCAAUGCAAAAUUACCAGGUGUACCAAGUGGUAUUUGGACUGUACCAAAAUCAAACUCACCAUCAGCACAAGACCAAACCGAUAAAUAUAUUGUAGUAUCAUUCGUUGGAAGCACAUCAGUAUUAAGUGUAGGUGAAACUAUUCAAGAGAAUCAUGAAAGUGGUAUUUUAGAAAGCACAACAACUCUAUUAAUUGGUUCAAUGGGUGAAGAUUCAAUUUUACAAGUUUUCCCAACAGGUUUUAGAUUUAUUCGUUCCGAUAUGAGAACUAAUGAAUGGAGAGCCCCAGGUAGAAAGACAAUUGUACGUGCCACUUGCAACCAAAACCAAUUAGUUAUCGCAUUAAGUGGUGGUGAAGUAAUUUACUUUGAAUUGGAUCAAUCUGGUGGUUUAACAGAAAUUAUUAAAAAGGAUUUCAGAAGAGAUAUUGCUUGUAUUGAAAUCUCACCAAUACCAAAAGGAAGAAGUAUGGCUCGUUUCUUGGCUAUCAGUGAUUGGGAAGGUCCCGUAAGAUUAUUGUCAUUAGAUAGAGAUAACUGUUUGGGUCAAAUUUCAAUGUUAGAUACCGAUAAAGUUUACAUUGAAAGUCUAUCCAUUGUAGAAAUGCAGGUCAACGAAGCAGGUGUAGAUAAUUUCAAAGUUAGUUCACAAAAUAUGGGUGGCUCAUUAUUUUUAUUUGUAGGUUUAAAGAACGGUGUUAUUAAACGUGCUACUUUGGACAAUUAUUCAGGUGAACUUUCAGAUAUUCGUACUCGUUUACUCGGUAGAAGACCUGUCAAGUUAUUCAAAAUUAAAGUUAGAGGUGGUAAUGGUAUUUUAGCACUUUCCAGUAGAGUUUGGUUAAAUUAUGCAAAUCAAGGUAAAUUAGAGAUCGUACCACUCUCUGUUGAACCAUUAGAAAAUGCCUCAAAUUUAUCAUCAGAUCAAUCACCAGAAUCAAUUGUAGCCACAAGCGAAGAUCAUAUUAUUAUCUUUACAAUCGAUAAAUUGGGUGAUCUUUUCAAUCAAGAAACCAUCAAAUUGGGUGCCACACCAAGAAGAUUUAUUGUUCAUCCACAAACCAACUAUAUUAUUACAUUAGAGACAGAAACCAACUACAACACAGAGCAAAUCGAUAUUGAAAAAAUAAAUGCAGAAAGACAAGCCGAAUAUGAAAAGAAAAAACAAGAGAUUCAAGAAAAUAUGGAUAUGGAUAUGGAUAUGGACGAUAACAAUGACGAUGCUAACACAGAUGGUCAAAUUAAAAAACCUAAAUUUAUAUAUAAACCAAAAGCAGGUAGAGGUCAAUGGAGAUCUAUUAUUAAAAUCAUCGAUCCAAUAUCACAUCAAGUUUACGAAUCAUAUCAAUUAGACGAAAACGAAGCAGGUUUCAGUUUAUGUACAUUAAGUUUUAGUGAUAGAGGCGACGGUGAAAUCUUUUUAGUUGUUGGUUGUGGUAACAAUGUUAUUUUAAAUCCAAAGAGUUGCGAAUCUGCUUCUAUCAAUCUUUAUAAAUUUACAGAAGAAGGAAAGAAAUUACAAUUAGUUUACAAAACUGAAGCCGAAGAACCAGUUUAUGCUAUGGCUCCAUUCCAAGGUCGUUUAUGUGCUGGUGUUGGUAAAAAUAUUCGUAUCUACGAUAUGGGUAAAAAGAAAUUAUUAAGAAAAUGCGAAACUAAAAACCUUCCAAACACUAUAGUCAACAUUCAUUCAUUGGGUGAUCGUUUAGUAGUCGGUGACAUUCAAGAGUCAAUUCACUUUAUCAAAUAUAAAAAACUUGAAAAUAUGUUAUAUGUUUUUGCAGAUGAUUUAGCUCCACGUUGGAUAACCUCCAGUGUAAUGCUUGACUAUGAUACUGUCGCAGGUGCCGAUAAAUUUGGUAAUAUCUUUAUACUUCGUCUUCCAUCAAAUGUAUCCGAUGAAGUUGAAGAAGAUCCAACUGGCUCAAAAUUAAAAUUCGAAUCUGGUCUUCUCAAUGGAGCUCCACAUAAACUCGAACAUAUUGCAAAUAUUUUCGCUGGUGAUGCAAUUACUACUCUCAAUAAAACUUCAUUGGUUGUUGGUGGUAGUGAUGUAUUAUUAUAUACAACUAUUAGUGGUGCUAUUGGUGCUCUCAUUCCAUUUGUAUCAAGAGAAGAUGUUGACUUUUUCUCAUCCCUAGAACUUCAACUCAGAAAUGAACAUGCUCCACUUUGCGGUCGUGACCACUUGGCCUAUCGUUCCUAUUAUUUCCCUGUUAAAAAUAUUAUAGAUGGUGACCUAUGUGAACAAUUCAUUACUCUAGACCCUCAAAAACAAAGACAAAUCGCCGAAGAACUUUCAAGAUCACCUUCUGAAGUUUUAAAGAAAUUAGAAGAUAUUAGAUCUCAAAAAUUAUUAUAA